AUGAGUGCCGAUUUGAAGGCGUUGUUGGAAGCGCAAAACGACUUCCACGGGCGAAUGUCCCGCUCCGUGGACAAUCUGCGCAAGAUGGGCGUCUCGAGCAUCACGGCCGAAGCAGUCCAGGCUCGCCUCCGCAUCCUCGACACGCUGUGGACCAAAUUUGAGGCUCAUCAUGACCUCAUCAGGACAACUCUGAAAGAUAAAUAUCUCGAGAGUGAGUACGCUAAGGCAGACUUUAUCGAUAUCGCGGAAUCAACUUACGUGUCUCAGCGAAGCAUACUUGUCGAAUACGCGAACAGUCUCAAAGACGAGGCGUCGAUCACGCCCAAGACCGAGCGCCAAGAGCAGACGCUCAAAACUUCGUUGCCGCGGAUCAAGCUCCAGUCGUUCUCUGGGGCAUACGGAGAUUGGCCCGCGUUUCGCGACAUCUUUCAGUCCAUCGUCGGCAGCAAUGCGUCCAUCUCCGACGUGGAAAAGCUGCACUAUCUCCGCACGAGCUUGCAGGGUCCUGCGGAAAAGCUAAUUAGAUCGUUGCCAAUCGUCGGGGGCAAUUACGAGCGAGCCUGGUCCAUCCUCAGCUCACAUUAUGAGAACAAGCGGGAACUCAUUCGCGCCAACUUCGCCGCUUUCAACGCCGUGGCAAGAAUGAAAGCCGCGACUGCCGACGAGCUUAGCCGCGUUUAUAAUGCAGCCACCACUGCCAUUAAUGCUCAGGAGAGCAUUGCCAGGCCAAUAGACACGCACGGAAUGGACCUCUUUAACUACUUACUUAUCGAGCGAUUCGAUGCGCAAACCCGGAUGCAAUGGGAGUCCUCCAUCCGCGACUCCGUCGACCCGCCAAGUAACGACGUGCUUAUGGACUUCAUCGCGAAGCAAAUCCUGACACUGAACGCCGUGCAGCCAGCCACCGUCGCGAAAUCCGGAGAAGCUUCCCGGUCCGCGAAGUCACACUUCGUGAAGCGCGCUUCGGACUCCUCAGUUUGCGCCGUCUGCAAAGAGAAACAUUCCGUUAUGCAGUGCGCGACGUUUAAGGCCAAGACCGCGACCGAACGGAAAACCCUGGUGGAGGCGCACAAGCUCUGCUUCAACUGCCUCGGGAACUGCCACUUCCUAGCGAAAUGCCAAUCGACGAAAACGUGCUUCACAUGUAAGGCACGACACUACACUAUGCUGCACGACGCGUACUCGCAAGCCGACGGAGCAGCUUCGUUGUCCGCCACGCACUUCGCGUCGGACCGCAAGGCGAUCCUUCUCGCCACCGCUCGGGUCACCAUCAAGGACCAUCUGGGGAGACCGCACGACGUUCGAGCGCUUAUUGACCAAGGGUCCGAGGUCUCUCUGGUCACGGAGGCUCUGGCCCAGCGGUUGCGUCUGCCGCAGGACCGCUCCUCGAUGAAGAUAGCCGGGAUCGGAGGAGCAACCGGAGCAACUCGCGGACGGCUGUCAAUGACGCUGUCUUCCCCAAUCACUGGAGCAGCAUUCCCGGUGCAGGCGUACGUUCUCCCGCGUCUCUCGACGUACCAGGGGCCCGUCGUGCGAUCCGGCAUCACCUGGCCUCACCUACGCGGCCUCCCGCUAGCCGAUCCACAAUACCUAGACCGAGAUCCGAUCGAGAUAUUGCUCGGCGCGGACGCUUACUCCGCCAUCCUCCAGGAUGGGCUCCGCAAAGGACGUAAGGACGAGCCAAUAGCGCAAAGGACCUCACUCGGAUGGAUCUUGUCGGGCGGUCAUCGAGCCACGACACAAGCCGGCCACACCGCCCAUCAAUGUACGGUCGAUCACGAGCUGAACGAUCUCGUGAAGCUCUUCUGGGAGCAGGAAAAGGAACCUGUCGCUCCCGUCGCGCUCACUCCUGAGGAGAAAAGAUGCGAAGACAUCUUCGCCCGCGAGCACUCACGCACUAACGCCGGGCGGUACAUGGUGAGGCUUCCCUUCGCCGGAACUGCACCCUCUCUGCCAGAAACCCGCCGGCCGGCCGAGCGUUUGCUCCACGCCAUGGAGCGCCGCUGCGAGAAGGACGCUCGAUUCGGCAACCUCUACCGCAGCUUCAUGAAGGACUUCGAGGACCUGCAACACAUGGAAGCUGUAACUUCAUCAUCACAACGAGAAGAUACCGCACGGUGCUACUUACCGCAUCACGGAGUGUUGCGAGAGACGAGCACCACUACGAAGCUCAGGGUUGUAUUCAACGGCUCUCAGCUCACAACCUUGGGCACCUCACUGAACGCCAGCCUACUGACGGGAGCCAACCUCUUGCCAGCUCUCGCGGACGUGCUGCUUCGUUGGCGCUGGCACCACUAUGUCUUCGUGGCGGACAUCGAGAAGAUGUACCGCCAAAUCCUCAUCCACCAGGACGACCGCGAUCAUCAGCGGAUACUGUGGCGGCACAGUGCCGCCGACGACAUCCGCGAAUACCGCCUACAAACGGUCACGUAUGGCUUGGCGUGCGCGCCGUUCCUUGCCAUACGGACCUUGCACCAGCUCGCCGAUGACGAGGGUACACGUUUCCCGCGGGGAGCUGCCGCGCUGCGCCACGAUACCUACGUGGACGACAUCGUGACCGGCGCCGGCACCCUUUCGGAAGCCACUUUAGCCCAGCGAGAGCUCCGCGGCCUCUGCAUGGCGGGCGGGUUUCCGCUUCGGAAGUGGGCGACGAACGACCUCCGCAUCCUGGACGGCGUUCCGCACGAGCACCGGCUCACCCACUCACCUCACUCGUGGUUUCACGAAAGCCACACCACGCUAGGUCUUCACUGGCAUCCGGCCGGUGACCACUUCACCUUUUCACAACAGGCGCGUCACUUCGAUGAACUCACUAAACGACGCGUGCUGUCUGAGACCGCUCGAAUGUUCGACCCGCUGGGCUGGCUCACUCUGGUCACGAUGCGAGCAAAAAUCUUAAUCCAGUCCGCCUGGCUCCAGAAGUUAGACUGGGAUGCUCCUCUUCCAUCAACGGACGCACUUGCUUGGAAGAGCCUGCUCACUCAACUCCCACGCCUCAACGAGAUAAGGGUAUCUCGUUGGCUCGGCAGCGACGGUUCGCACUCACAUGUUGACCUCCACGGAUUCGCCGACGCAUCGGAGCGAGGAUACGCCGCCGUGGUGUACCUCCGCUCCUCCACUCAAAAGGGCACCACGAUCCACUUGCUCAACGCGAAGGGCAAGGUCGCCCCCGUGAAGCCCGUGUCCUUGCCGCGACUCGAGUUGUGCGCUGCCGCCCUCUUAACGAACCUCGUUGCUCACACGCGCACUUUAUUGAGUCUGUCCGCAGCCCCCGUCUUCCUCUGGUCAGAUUCCAAGGUCACACUUCAUUGGAUUCACGGUCACGCCUCCCGCUGGAAGACCUACGUGGCCAACAGGGUGUCUCUGAUCCAAGAGCAACUGCCCGAAGCCCGAUGGCGACACGUGCCGGAAAGGGACAACCCGGCUGACUGCGCCUCCCGAGGCAUCCUGCCUGACGACCUGGUCGAUCAUCUUCUCUGGUGGACCGGACCAUCCUGGCUCCUAGAGGACGAGGCGAGGUGGCCAAGUGACGAUGGCGCCCUGCUGGACGCUGACUUGCCGGAGCGUAGAGCCGUCGCCUCACUGGCGGCUGCCGUCAAGGACGUUUCUGAGUCGGCCUUCCUUCUCCGGUUCUCAUCGCUGCACCGGCUCCUCAGAGUGACCGCCUGGUGUCUUCGAUGGCGACGAAACGGCACCCGGAGACCUCGCGGCACCACUGAUACCGCACGAUCACUCGAAGCUUGCGAAAUCGAAACCGCACUCACUCGCUGGAUUCACACCACUCAGGCACUGCACUUCCACGAUGAAUUCGACGCACUACGCAAAGAACGUGCCUUGCCACCGCGGAGUCCGCUCACGAGUCUGAAUCCGUUCAUCGAUGACAGCGGAGUGAUGCGUGUCGGAGGACGACUGAAACACGCCAUGCUGUCUCACGACGAGCGGCAUCCCAUUAUAAUUCCGCCGGAAUCCAGGCUGACUCACCUGAUGGUCGAUUCCUGUCACCGGCGAACCCUGCACGGAGGAGUGCAGCUCACCCUCGGGUUGCUGCGCCAACGGGUCUGGAUCCUGCGUGGUCGAGCGGUCGUUAAACGGGUCAUCCACCGAUGCGUCACCUGCACGCGAUGGAAAGCCGCCGCUCCACAACCGAUGAUGGGCAAUCUCCCCCGAGAGCGAGUGACUCCUGCACGCCCGUUCCUGCGCACCGGAGUCGACUACGCCGGCUUGAUCUUCAUCCGGACCAGCAAGGGGCGAGGCCACAAGGCGAGCAAGGGCUUCAUGUCAGUCUUUGUCUGCCUCAGUACCAAGGCCGUUCACCUCGAGGCAGUCACUGACUACUCGGCAGAGGCAUUCCUGGCCGCCUUCCGCCGCUUCGUCUCCCGGCGAGGCCUCUGCCAUGAAAUCUUCUCCGACUGCGGCACGAACUUCGUCGGGGCGGAUCGAGAGCUACGAAAACUGUUUCGCGCUUCCUCCUCCGACGGCCGUCGGAUAGCUCUCGCUACAACCUCCGACGGCGUGAGAUGGAGAUUCAACCCCCCGGCAGCUCCACACUUCGGCGGACUCUGGGAGGCAGCCGUAAAAUCCACGAAGCACCAUCUCCGCAGGGUCAUCGGCGAGGCCACCCUCACCUACGAGGAGAUGGCGACGCUCCUCGCUCAGGUGGAGGCGUGCCUGAAUUCACGCCCGUUACAGCCGCUGACGGACGACCCCGACGACGUGACGGCACUCACACCCGGGCACUUCCUGAUCGGAGCGCCCCUUCUGGCCGUCCCAGAACCGCCCUUCACCGCCGAGAAGGACACUGCACUCUCCCGGUGGCGACUUCUCCAGAAGAUGCGCGACCACUUCUGGGAACGGUGGUCGCGCGAAUACCUGGGCACCCUGGCCGCAAGACCGAAAUGGACCAGGGAUGAGACCGGCCCCAGCAUCGGCGACUUGUGCCUACUCCGGUCCGAAAUCACACCCCCGACCAGAUGGCCGCUCGCCCGCAUCACGGCACUGCACCCCGGAGACGAUGGAAUCACCCGCGUGGUCACCCUCCGCACGGCGACGUCGAAGUUCACUCGGCCACUCGCGAAAAUCGUCCUCCUGCCGGGGGCCGACACCGCAGCACCAACAACUCCGGUUUCGUGA